AUGUGUGCUACACAAACAAAUCUACAACCCUCCAAAGAUGAUGACACUAUCUCUGCUCCAAAAAAAAUAGAUACUUUGGUCAACAUGUGUGAUUGCAUUAUUCGUUACUCCAUGAAAAAAGAGUAUUUAGUUGAUCGUCUUGCCAAGCUUAAAGAAAAAUGUGAUAAAGGACAGCCAAAUGAUGGAUCCAAAAAGCGUAAACACAAUGGUGAAGAAGGUUCAAGGGAAAAGGGUAGUAGAGACUCGAUGAAAAAUUAGAAUGGCCAGCUAAUGAAACAUUUUCUUCCUAGUUUCAUGUUGUUCUUGUUAAAUCUAGAAUUCUGAUUUCAA